AUGUAUCCAGAUGCAGCCGACUAUCUGGACAGAACUGUUGGUGAGGAGAAAUGGGCAAGAUGCUAUUUUCCCGGAGACAGUUGCAAGAGGUUUGAUAUCGAUAAGUAUCCGUGUGUGCAUGCAAUAGCAGCUGCUAUCUUUAUGAGCGGGGAUAGAGAGCUCCAUCUACGUGAAUUUUGCUCCCACUAUUAUUGGAUGGAACAUUGGUCGUUGGCUUACUGCAGGACAAUCUAUCCAGUCCCCCAUAAAGAUGACUGGGUUGUUCCUGACAAUAUCCGAGCAAAAUGUAUAUUUCCUCCAGAAAUAAUUAAGAAAAAAGGACGCAUCAACACAACUAGGCAUCCAUCAGUUGGAGAACAUCGAGGGAGAGGAAGAGGAGGAAGAGGAGGAGGAAGAGGAAGAGGACUAGGAGCAUGGUUGUUUAAUGAUCCUAAUGUACCAGAGCAAGAGGAAGGAGAAUAG